UUUGAUGAUCGUUUAUAACAAUGUAGCUAUUAAACAUUCAAGUGAAUCACUUUCUAAUCAUUUAUUAUGUCUAUUAAAUGCAUUAUGCUCAGAGGAUCGUGUAUAUGCCAAAUCAGCAAAUGUAACUUUAGUCUACGAACUGGGAUUAGAGCUCUUUAGGGAUACCAUAGUUCGAUCCACAAUAUAUCCCAUUCAGAAUCAUCUUUUAGACGUUCUUUUGAAUCAAAUCCUUCUUGAACGUAAAAACAAGAUCAUUGAUCAUUCUAAUAUUAAAGCAUCAAUGGAUAUGCUGCUUAAGUUAACUGAUACAAGUGCAAAAGAUUCAGUUUACACAACUGAUUUUGAAGAACGAUUUUUGGAGACUAGCGCUGAAUAUUAUCGAGUUGAGGGUCAAAUGCUUGUAGGAGAAUGUGAUGUACCAGAAUAUAUGAAAAAAGUUGAAAAACGUUUUAAUGAAGAAGAAUAA